AUGUGGCAGUCCAACAGGAAACGAACGAACUUACUUGUCGUCUGCUCGCACUCCCAUUCACCCCCCUCCUGUCCUCUGUUCUCUGUUCUUCAGUUCUCCUCAUCAUCUCGAGUAUACCUUGACUUUGCGGUGACUGGCUACAUCUGCUCACGGAAGCCUGCAUUUCGGGAUCGCACGCGUUUCGUCCUUCCACUCAUCCUCUCUUCUCCUCUCCUCUCCUCUCCUCUCCUCUUAUUUUCUCUUCUCUACUCUCUCCUAAUCAACUGCAGCUCUUGUGUAACUCAUCUCUUCCAGCCACAUAAAUAA